UGGAGCAGGCUGUGCAAGGGCAGAUUACAGGAACUCUCUGUAUACUCUGUCCGGUUUUUCCUGAACCUAAAACUGCUCUUAAAAAAAAUCUUGGAGCCGACUCUGUGGCGUAGUGGGUAAAGCUGCUGCCUGCGGUGCUGGCAUCCCAUGUGGGUACCGGUUCAAGUCCCAUAUGCUCCACUUCCGAUCCAGCUCCCUGCUAAUGUGUUUGGAAAAGCAGCGGAAGAUGGCCCAAAUGUUUGAGUUCCUACCACCCACAUGGGAGACCUGGAUGAAGUUCCUGGGUCCUGGCUUCAGUCUGGCCCAGGCCUGGGCCCUUGCAGCCACUGGGGGAGUGAACCAGAAGAUGGAAGAUAUCUCUCUCUGUGUGCCCCGGGGCAGAGGACGACGGAGGCCCCUUGACUACAGCCAAGCCAGCACCUGCCAAGGUUCCCGGCUGAGGCUGUCAGGGCACUGCCCCCGGGGAAGCUGCGACCCCACAAUGAUGACCUGGGGUGUCUUCGGGAUCCUGCUUGGAUUGCUGCUGUGGCCGGAGCCAGGGACAGCCUCUUUGCCCUUGAACAUGGAAUCUGUAAUCCAGGUCCUGACCGAGCUGGAGCAGGAGGCACCAGCCACUGAGGCCAGACACACAGCCCCCGCGUGGCUGUUGUCAGUGCAGGACGCCGGCCCCCGCAACCCGCUCCGUGGCUUCCUCCUGGAGGCCCCGGAGUUCAAGGCUGCGGCGCAGGAGCCCCGCCCACUGAGCCCCGAGCUCCUAAGCUUCGCGGAGGAAGUUACCAGACACGAUGUACGGGACGGGCAGGAAUACGGGGUGGUGCUGGCCCCUGAUGGCUCAACCGUGGCCGUGGAGCCUCUGCUGGUGGGGCUGGAGGCAGGGCUGCGGGGGCGCAGGGCUGUGAACUUGACCUUGGAUAGCUACGCUGCUGUGUCCUGGGGUGCUGGAGCCAGGUUCCCAGCAGACCAAGCCGAGUCCCCCAAUACUGUGGACAGCCUCCUGGUGGCCACCCUGGCUGGAGACCUGGGCCUGACCUUCCUCCAAGACCCCCAAAUCCCGAGCCAGCCAGGCCUGGGAACGGAGGGCUGCUGGGAUGAGCUCUCUUUCCCAAGGAACUUCACGCUCCUGGACCCCAAGCCAUCAGCACUCACCAUGGCCUUCCUCAAUGGUGCCCUGGACGGGAUCCUCCUCGGAGACUACCUGAGCCAGAACCCUGAGCCCCGGCUACCCCUCAGCCACCUGCUGGGCCAGUACUACGGAGCUGGAGUUGCAGGAGACCAGGGACUCCGCAGCAACUUCCGACGGCAGAAUGGGGCCACUCUGGCUUUGGCCCCUACCCUGGCCCGGCAGGUGUUGGGGGCCCUUGUCCUGCUACAGGCCCUGGAUCCAGCGCACCCCCAGCUGCAGAACAUGAGCCAAGAACAGCUGGCCCAAGUGGCUACCCACGCCACCAAGGAGUUCACUGAGGCCUUCCUGGGAUGCCCGGCCAUCCACCCGCGCUGCCGCUGGGGCGCAGCGCCCUACCGGGGCCAUCCGAAGCCACUGAAGCUGCCGCUGGGGUUCUUGUACGUGCAUCACACUUACGUGCCGGCGCCAGCCUGCACCGACUUUGCACACUGCGCCGCCGACAUGCGCUCCAUGCAACGUUUCCACCAGGAUACGCGUGGCUGGGACGACAUAGGCUACAGUUUCGUGGUGGGCUCGGACGGCUACUUAUACGAGGGCCGCGGCUGGCACUGGGUGGGCGCACACACGCUCGGCCACAACUCCCGCGGCUUCGGCGUGGCCUUCGUGGGCAACUACACGGCGGCGCUGCCCACCCAGGCCGCGCUGCGCGCCCUGCGAGACCAGCUCCCCGCCUGCGCACUGCGCGCCGGUCUCCUGCGGGCCGACUACGCGCUGCUCGGCCACCGCCAGCUCGUGCCCACCGACUGCCCGGGAGACGCACUCUUCGGCCUACUGCGCACCUGGCCACGCUUCGCCGCCACUGUAAAGAGGAGAACAGCCAGGAGGAGCUCUCGCAGACGGAACAGAGCCCACCCCUCAAGGAGCAUCCCCCCCACCGCAGACCUCCAAUAAAGAGACCCUGGAGAGAAAGCGCCUGUUCCUGGUUCCUCUGUGUUUGCACCUGUCAUCGUGUUGGAGUUUGCCCAGAGCAGA